AUGGCUCAAACACAGUCCCAGCAGUUUGCUUCGCAGACCUUUUCCCCGCCUGUCUCCACUCCCUCCCCUGGAGCCCCGUCUCCCGUCAGCGGAAUCGCCCCUCCUCCAAAACGUCAGCGUUUCUCACCUUUGCCCCAGUCUCAGUCUCCUUACGAAUCUCCCAGCUUUGGUACCCUGCAGCUACCUCAUACAGGAAGUCCAGUUAAUGUCUCUUUUGCCAACGGCACCUCUACUCCCGCCAUGAACGCGCCUCCUCUUCCCGGGUCUAUGGGUCCCCCAUCGAGACCAGUCGAGAAAGCCACCGAUACAGCUGAACUGACCGAUGUUCUGGCUUCAUCUGGCAUUGAUGUUAGAGAAGAGGAGGAAUAUUUAACCCAUGCAUAUGGACAGGCUCCUGCCGCCCCCCAGCAACCCCCGCGUUUACAGACAAACUUCAACAACUCCUUCGUUACUCACCAAUCAGCCGGUACCGUUUCUGCGGGAACUAGUUUCGUGGAAUCGCCACUGCAUAAAUCAACACCGACACAGGGAACAUUCGUAACUCCUAUAUCUAUUAGCGCUAAAUCCGCCACCAUCCAGAACCCGGAGGCUGCAGCGGAGGAUGAAAUUUUACGACAAGAUACUGCGGCAAGCAGACGUAUGCAAUACCCUCUACAAGCGCCGUUUCUAUCUACAUCAUUAUUAGAAGAGCGAAUACAAAAGCGCACCUACGAUCUUGGAGUGCGUGUGCCAGCGCACGGUGUCUACCGCCCUUAUCCAGGUCGCGCUGCGGGUCCUGUCGAGGUUACUGGUCCAGAUGGUUCGUCUGUGGUACGCACUGGCAAAGCGCUUUUGACCCAGGAUGCCCCGCUUGGCGAUAUCCUUUCUCUGGUGACCCUGGCCUGUGAAGAACGACUGCGAUCUGUGAUCGAUCAUUCUUACGCGUUAGCAAUUAACCGACGAGUAAAUUCCCACGGUGUUGUUCCAUUAGAAUGGAGUGACAUGGCCGUUGCAUUAACACCCCCUAGUGCAAAAGCAGAUGGUACUUCGACUAAGGAGGCCACUCCCACAGCAGCAACUCCCAAACGCCCUCUGCCCAACGAUGUUGCGAAGGACGACGAAUCUCCUAAUAAGAAACAAAUGACGAUAGUCAAUAUCAUUGCCAAACGGAGUCGUAGCCUAGUGGAGAAGGAUAUAUCAUUUGAAGAAGAACGGGCAAGUAAACGAACAAGAAGGAAUGCUGAUGCGAUCCUGGGUGGCGAUACUAGCAGAGCGGGCUCUGUUGGGCUUGGCACAUCUGGAACUGCCACACCAACUGGCCAGCUCAGUGAGCGUAUUAUGGAAGAACGCAAAGCCACGAAAAAAGACACGAAGAAGGCCGACAACAAGGUGACUGAAGCGGUACAACAUCAACAGUCUGUCGAGACUGCCCGAAUGGCCACAAACAACCUGACGUCUGGCGUCAGAUUCGGUGGGAAAAAGAAGACCUACAGCUGGCUAACAAACAGCUCACCUGCAACGGCGCGGAGUGUUUCCACGCCAUCAAGAGCAAGUGUUGGUGCUGCUGCCACCGCCGGAACGCCCACUCCAAGACCCACCGGUGUGGCUGUUACAGGACCCAGUAGACUUACUGGGAAACAGAUGGGAGAUUGGCGAGAGAGCGACAAGGAGCGUGGAGCCGGUGUCCAGAUUAGGGAUAUUCUUUUUGUGCUGGAAGUGGAUGGCAAGGGUUUGAAGCACUUACAGAAGGCUUACUCGAAGGAGUCGAAAGAAGACAACGAUAAAUCCGUGCGAUAG